AUGAUGCCGGUCAAACCGUCCUGUACCAACCCGAAGAACCUGUUCUGUUUCGUGUGCGGCGAGUACACGCCGUCGCAUCAUAAGCGCUCGAUCAUGACCAAACCGAUGCUGGAUGCUUAUGAGGCAUACUUUCAGGAGCGCACCUCCAAGAGAAACUAUCCCUACGGACCGCCUUCCGUUUGCAACAUCUGCAACAAUACCCUGCUCCGGUGGAAGCAAGGACUCGCGAGCAAACCGUUAUUCAAAUUUUGCGUUCCGAUGCUUUGGAGCCAACCGAACGAUCACUCCGUGGACUGCUACUUUUGUCUGACGCGCACUUUCAUCACGGAUGUUAGUCGCGUCGAUGGAUUUUCCAAGAAAAUGGCCGUGAAAUACCCAAGAAACCUGAGCACAGCAAAGCGGCCCGUUUACGUGAUGGCCCAGACAAGGCCGAUGCUUGCUUCCAGUUGCCUUGAAGACUUCAAGGAAAUCGCACCGGACACCAAACAAAUGGAUAAACAAACAACAAGGCCGACCGUCACGCCAAGGGCCACGAGAUCUGCCGCGGCUGCCACUGUGGCCACUGUGGCCACUGUUGCUUCUACUGCUGCGACAACAUCCGUAGCAGCAAAGAGUGCAAGGCAUCUAAAUAUGGUUAAAACCAUGAACACUCGAAGCAGUCUACCGUCGAUGAGCAUCGGAAUGACGAAGGCCACAGCCGCCAAACGAUUGGCGACCUCAUGGGCGACCGUUGAUAACACUACGGAGGAGCCAAAAAAACCACGCAUCUUGCGCCACUCACUACCAACUGGUAACAUUCAGGAAGCGGGGGGUGCUGGCACAAGGCUUUCACCAGCAUCGGAGAAAACGCCGGUUUUGUGUAAGGAUUCCGCUAGAGAAAUAUCACCGUCCCCGAAGAAAGAACCAAUACUGACAAUUGAGAUCGAUGACGAUGACGAUAAUCCUAUCGAUGAUGCGAAAGGUGAAGAAGUUGACGAGCCGCAACAACAGGAGCCGGAAAGCGAUACACCACCGAAGCUUUCGACACCACCGGCGUCGCCACCGCCGUCUCCAAUGGCAUCACCCCACUCGUCGCCGUUGCCGUCGCCGUCGCCGCCACAAGACCAGCAAAUCCUUCCUUCGCCGGAGAAACUAAAGAUUGUUGUUGACACAAAUGAAUUCCGCGUGAUGCAGCCAACGCCGUCGAUCAAAAAAAUCGUUACCAGCGCCACGGACACUGCGUUGGCUGCGAAUUCGGAAAGGUGCUCAAGUACCGAUAGUAUCACGACUUCGCCCACGGAACCGCGUAGGAUCGUCGUUGCCAACGUUAACGGUAUAACGGUGUCUAAAACGGUGUUGCCGAACGAAAAGGUUCCAACGAAAUCAUUGAAGGUAAUUCCGACGACGGCAACAUCAGCGAUAAAGCCCGCUAUGGUGCGAGUUAUCAACCGGAUCGUCGCCACCAAAAACAUCACCACCGACACGUCCGCCACCAGCACCACGGACACCCCCACCCAGAGCUCCACCACACCACCCACCAGCAGCACCAGCCGGCAAACGGAACCACAUCGCAUAACGCAAUCGGAACUGAUAUUAUUGUUGCGCGAUCUUGAACUUCCGCGGGAAAAAUCGGCCAUACUGAUCGAUCGACUCAAGCGCUGGAACCUGCUGGCCGAUCAACUUGUCGGCCGGGGUCGCCCGGUGGCAUCGAUCACGAUCCCGACGGCGGUACGGCAACCGGUCAAGACCGACAUCCAAAACGUUCGUUUCCAGCGGGUGCGAUUGGAAACGAAAUCCAGCCCCACAAAAUCACACGACUCCGUUCAGCGCAGCGUGCUAAAAGUGUCCAGUACCCCAUGGUCACCAGUCAGCCACCGGCUGCCUCCAGUAGUAAAACGUAUGGUGCUACCGAAGAUUCUCGUCGCAGGGCAACACCACUCAAUCGGCGGAGCAGGAAACCGCCUUGAGAAGCCGCCGGAAGCUGCUCAUGUAUCUUCGCUCUGAUAGCAUUGUUCCGAGAGUUCUUGUGUUGUGAUCUAAAGCAGCUAAAACACUGUCCAAACACCAAUAAGUACGGCGUGCAGUAAAAUCAAUUGUAACCCAUCAAUGGGAGAGGUCUUUUCUU